GUGAAACUUAUUUAAUAUUUUUUGUUCGGAAGUCCUCAACUCUCAACAUUUCGCCCUCUAGCGGCUUUGACUGCCGUCUCCUGCCUCACCACCACCAGCCGCUAUGUCGGCAAUAUUUAACUUCCAGGCGCUGCUGACAGUGCUGCUGCUGCUGGUGUGCACGUGCGCGUAUGUGCGGGCGCUCUUCCCCUCCAUGCUGGACCACAACAAGACCGGAAUUCUCGGCAUUUUUUGGAAGUGUGCCAGGAUAGGUGAACGGAAGAGCGCGUAUGUGGGAGUGGCAUGCAUUGCCAUGGCAUUCAGCAUCCUCUUCCUCCAGUAGCACAGGGCGAAGGGCUAGUCACUACGGCUUGGGGGAGGGGAAGUGGAGGUAGGGGGGAAAUAUUUGGGGGGAGGGGGAAGAGAGAAGGGGGAUGAGGUGCAUGCACCGGGCAGUCGGGAGCCGAGUUUCACUCUGAGUUUGCACUCCUAGGAGACUCCAAAUUAUCAGCACUAUCGCCAUCAUCAUUAUCAUCUCACCAUCGUCACCGCUACAUCAACAGGAUUACUGAUAUAAUCACCGUUGCCUCAUUGGCAUAAUCAAUGUUGCAUUAUCACUUUUAUCAUUAGGUACAUUUCCAUUAGCUGCUAGAUAAGAGCCUUCCCCAUGCCGUGCACACUGGUCAACGCUGUGGUUUGGGAAGGCGAGAAAGCGUAGACGUUGGGAGCAUAGUACAGUACAGCAAUGCAUAUUGCUCUUCUGCCUCCUGCUGACAUCCGUAGCUCCGCAUCGUUAUCACUUUACGCAUUUUUGCAACUUCGGUGCCACAUUCUAUCAUCUCUUUACAAUAACAUCAUAUUCGCAAACAUCACAUGCCCAAUGUCAAUGCGCGCUGCUUUUUCACUGCGCUUUUGGUUCUCUAGCUGUUGAGACGUGCGGCGUGGAUGGGAACACAGCGACGGGAAACGGCGUCAUUCGUACACACAUUCCAUCGUCAUUGCUGCGGUAGUCGUAGUCCUAAGUGAGUGUAACACGAGUUGUGAUGUCGCUGGACUUAGAAACACUCUCUCUGUGCGCCAUGACGAACACAGCUCCCACCUUCGCGAUGCGUUUCCGGUGUCGUAUCGCGCAUGGUUCGGCCCAAUGUCUGACAUUUCACUUCGACGUGCUGGAGGAGUUUCUUCAGGAAUUGAAGUUCCUCAACUGAAGAAACUGAAGGUUUAACUGACAGAACAACACAACCCAAAUACAAGUCGGAGAGCUGCGUCGUACAACUGCUAAAACUUACGCAGUGGCACCACUUCCACCAAUCGGCCCAAGCCAUGCUACUCGCAGGGUAUGUUAGUGGAUGCACGAAAGUCAUUUCUGGUCAAAAUGGGGCAGGUAGAGUUUGGAUUAUGGCAUCAAGAUUGACUCCAACAUUGUAUUUUAGUGCAGCAGUGUUUGACCAAAAACUAUCUACAACAAUUGAACAAGGGCCUUGCCCAAAUGCAGAGGAGGGCGCCCUCGUGUAUUGCGCUGGCAGCCACAAAGAAUGCAUCGGAUAAACAUUUUUAACCUCCGUGAAACAAAUUUUUUUUCACAAAACGGUGAGAUUUUUCAGUUAAGGAUUUGGGUUUUGCCCCACAGCGGCAAUUUAAGGUGCGUUUUUCUUUCUCUUUUCGAGAUAUUUUUCCCUCGUCCACGUGGGUUUGCAAAUGUUCUUGAGGCUCAAGGUGCCUGCCGUCUGGGACUCCCCCUUGCUGGUGCAGAAGAAGAGCCACGUGACCCAGUGAUGGGAUCGUUAAAGGAUCGGUGAUCGUCGCUUCUUGGUUGAGACUGCUUGCAUCUCGUUUAGAUUAUAAGAAAUCGCUCUAAGGGAAAACUCCUUUAGACGUUGACCACUGCUUGUCCAGGAUUUGUCCCCCAAUUGACUGGGGCCAUUUGAAGGUUAUCGUCGCCAUCGGUGCAUCUACGCUGAACACCUACGUACAAAAACGUUAGACAUAAAUGGCUUGGCACGGCAGAAGUUGUCUGAGCAAUAGAAACAAAGUUGGUAACGUUAACAAUUAUUUGGUGACCCUACGUUGGCUGUGGUGCACAAUCACAAAUAAAUAAAAACACUCAACACGUGCUAUGAAGAAGGGCCAUUGCACACAUGUGCUGUGAAUCAGGGCUAUUGCCCAAUACGUCACCGAAUAUACUUUUUGAAAGAGUUAUUGAUGCACAUGUUUGAGUUUUUUUAAAUAAAAAAAGUGAAUUUGGUUAACAAUGAUCGAUCUGUAGAGCACACAGCCUUCUGGGUAGACUUUUACGUGAUCUGAUUGUAAGUUGCCAUCCCAGUCAUGGCGAGUGGACACAAUCCCAUUUGCCCUCUAUCGGGGCAGAAAUGUGAAAUGGUCCGUCGAUAAACCACUGAAGGCAACGAUUACCAUUAACUGACCCUGUUAGUGUUCAAAGAUCGCACUUGACAUUCCAUAGAAGUUGGCCAUGGGCCUGUUUACAGAACCCACUCCUGUAUUCCAUCUUUGUCCAGUAAAGCUUUUUUUGAAUAAC